AGGACUUUGGCUUCUCCUUUCCUUUGUGUCUGCAGAUUUCUUCAAACAACUCCACCAAACUGAAUAAACCCACCUGGCAACAUGUCCCUUCUCACUCACCUGUUGGCAUGUUUGUUCGGUAUGGGCUCCUGGGUCUCCAUCAACGGUCUGUGGGUGGAGCUGCCUCUGAUUGUCCCCCAGAUCCCAGAGGCUUGGUACCUGCCCUCCUACCUCUCAGUCAUCAUCCAGAUGGCCAACAUCGGGCCUCUCUUCGUCACUCUGAUGCAUCGUUUCCGACCAGGCGCUCUGAACGAGACAGCUGUCAUAUAUGUGAUCAUCGGCCUGGGCACUGUAGCAACUUUCCUGCUGGGAUUCUUCUGGAAGGAGACUGUGGUUGUAGCAGGUGUGGCUCGCAGCGUGCCUCUCCUUGUUUUAACUUUUUUCCUCGCUGCUGUUGACUGCACUUCCUCCGUCACCUUCCUGCCCUUCAUGAUGCGUCUCAAGUCUCAGUAUCUGACCACCUACUACAUCGGGGAGGGUGUGAGUGGCCUGCUGCCGUCUCUUGUGGCUUUGAUCCAAGGUGCAGGGGUUGUCCACUGCAUAAACAGCACACAGGCUGUGAACUACACCCUCAACAUUCCCAACGGUUCUGUGACCUCUGACCUCCAGGCCCAGUAUCAGCCUGCAAACUUCUCGACUGAGGUGUUUUUCUUCUUCCUCAGUGCCAUGAUGCUGGUGUGCCUGGGGGCUUUCCUGCUCCUGAACUACCAUCCAUCUGUGGCCAGGGAGCAGCCAAACAGCAGAUACACCAACGGAGUGAAACAAAAAACAAAAAACAGGGAGUUGGUCGAGCAGAAGCCAAUGAUGGAUCCUUACAGACCAGAAAACCAGAAGUCCAGAAGCAGCUUUGGCACCGGCUCGUACAGCUGGAUGGAGGUGUUUUAUAUCUUUGGGAUUCUGGUCUGGGUGAACGCUCUGAGCAACACGGUUCUUCCCUCGGUGCAGUCCUACUCGUGCAUGCCAUACGGGAACAACGCCUACCACCUGUCGGCCAGUUUAGCUGCGUUGUCCAACCCUGUGGCAUGCUUCAUUGCCAUGUUCUUACCAAUCAGAUCCCUGCUGUUCAUGGGAGCCCUCACAGUGAUUGGCACUGGAGUUGGAGUUUAUAUUAUGAUCAUGGCAGUGCUGAGUCCAUGCCCACUGCUGGUUAAUGAUACCUCAGGGGGUGUUAUCAUUGUGUUGGCCUGGGUCCUCUUUAUUCUCACCCUGUCCUAUGUGAAGGUGAUUAUUGGGAUGAUCCUCCGUGAUGAAGGCCACAGCGCCCUCGUGUGGUGUGGAGCUGUAGUGCAGCUGGGCUCUCUGCUGGGAGCUGUGACCAUGUUUCCUCUGGUCAGUGUGUAUGACUACUUUUCAUCCGGAGACCCGUGCAACACAAAAUGCUGAGAAAAAUCAGUUUAUAUAUUCCUGCUUUUGCGAUGAUCCAACGAGUACAUGUAUGCAUGUAUUGAGCCACAUAAGUAUGAUGUUCAUUUAUGUAAUUUGAACAGCUUUAUUUCAACGUGGGACAGGUUAACAGUGCUAGUUAGUCUGAGUUAGUCUGAAUCCCAGAAUCUUAUUUCAGUUAGUUUGGCUAGUUUUGGGAUUUUCACUGUUCUGGAGCAUGAGCAGUGCGCUAUAAAUGAUGUUUAAAAGUGGGGAUAAUGACAAACUUUGAGCCAUAUUAAAUGGGGCAACUUAGCCACAAUCACACAGAAGUGCGUACGGGCGUUCAGCAGGUGAUCCAUGCACUAAUUUAAAUAAUAACCAUUAUUUUGCUGACUGCAGCGCAAAUUAGCAACCAAAAGCCAGCAGACCUGAUGUGUGAGCUACUUAUCUGCGAACCAUCUGGGUGAACUCUUCUGCUACAAACUGCUGGGCCUGUGUGGUCCUGGCCGCGUGUACUGUAACGGCUGAUCUGAAUGCUGUGUAGAUACAUCAUGCAGAUGACGUAUGAUCAGGUACUUAUUAAAGUCACUAUUAGAUGCCGUAACCCACAGACAAUCUAUCACACUGACACAGCUCUAUUACCAUUUCGAGAGACAUUUCGAUUUUGCAUGUGAGCGGUGUGAUAUGAGAAAGAAGUCAAAUAAAAUGUGUGGGAAGUGCUGAAACAAGAAACACAGAGAAUUUCUUAUUGUACACUGAUUUUUUGUAGGUCAAAACCAAAAACAUUGCAAAUCCACUGGCUGGCUGUAAAAGCCAACUUAGCUGUCUCUGAAACAAAAUACAUCUGUUGCAGGUGUUUGGGAUCCUCCUGUUUCCCCCUCUGACUCUCCACAUUAAGCUCUGCUCUGUUUCAUCAAAAUACCAGCGUUUAUUAUGAAGCAGAAAUGUGCGGGGCUCGGCUCUAUAGACUGAGGAGGACAGGGAAGAGUUACAGGACAGAGCCAAACAGCUGUAAACCAUUCAGUCAUGCCAGUUAUAAACACCGUUUUUUUUUGUUGUUGUUGUUGUUGUUGUUGUUGGGUUUUUUUUUGCACCAAUAGAACUGCUCCUGUGUAAUUAAAGGAGUAAAGUUAGU